GAGAGGCAAAGCCAUCGCCCUCGGUCUAGAAACUUCCAUGGCAAGACCAUCGGCUUUAGAUUUCCCCCUCUUCGCUGCGUGCCUUCCUCCUCCGCGGUUUCCAAGCAUCUCCGACGCCGCAGACAUCUCGCCCUUCUGGAUUUUGGAUCCGCUAGUAAAGAGCAGUUCAUCCUGGAUUCUAACUCUUUCUUCCUCGCAGUUCUCUCUCGCUUCGAUCGUAUCAUCUAUCGGUUCGUUUUUGUGCUCCAAAAGAUGCUUUCUUUUGUUUGCUUUCGCGAUCUAAGCCUUUGAAAUCCUGUGUUGUUGAUGUUUCCGGAAGAGACCGGACUGUUGUUUGAUCAGUAGCGCAUCUUUUUUAUCCUCGAGAAAUCGCAUCUUUGCUGCUCCAUCCGUCAAUACCAACUGCUGUUGCUAUCCAUCUGAUUGUUCUACUAUUUUCCACUCUCCUCGCAUCGAGACCUCGGAUUUCUCUUGUAAUCCCCUUUUCAAGUAGUAAUAGUUGUCGAUGUUGUUCCUUUGUUCAGUAUUAGGGUUCCGUUAAUUUAGUGGAGCGUAGUCCUGUCUUAUGUAAAAUCUCUUCCUCUGUACAUAUUUUUGUUGGUUUCCGUUCGCUUUAUCCUUCAAUCUUCCUCCCGUUUCGUAGAUCAAAAUUGCUACUUUGUUUUCUAUCACCGAGGGUCGGUUAAGAACUGUUGAUUUCCUGUCUAAUUCGAGAGUUCUGUUGAAAUCCUUACCUUGAGUAGGAAGUUUGACUUUAUCUGCCUCAAAUUUCGUCAUGAAUCCGGUGAAAGAGGAAUACCAGGAUUACUCGGAGGUAUCUUCUGGCUCCAAUGAGAUCGUGGUCGAUCCUCCGAGACCAUUGGAGGGGCUCCAUGAAGCCGGGCCACCGCCUUUUCUAACCAAGACAUACGACAUGGUGGAUGACCCGAGCACGAACCAGGUGGUCUCGUGGAGUCAGACGAACAACAGCUUCGUGGUCUGGGACCCGCAUGCCUUCGCCAUGACGUUGCUGCCCAAAUACUUCAAGCACAACAACUUCUCCAGCUUCGUCAGGCAGCUAAAUACCUAUGGUUUUAGAAAGAUGGAUCCUGAUAGAUGGGAAUUUGCUAACGAGGGAUUCCUCAGGGGGCAAAAACAUCUGCUUAAGACCAUAAAAAGGAGAAGGCCACACAAUCAUCCUUCAUUACAACAGUCUCUUAGUGCAUACAUCGAGGUUGGGGAAUUUGGCCUGGAAAGAAAAGUAGACCGGUUAAAGCGUGAUAGACAUUUGUUGAUGCAGGAAGUUGUAAAACUAAGGCAGGAGCAACAGAACACAAGAGCCCAUCUCAAAGCUAUGGAAGAGAGGCUACAACUGACAGAGCAGAGGCAACAACAGACAAUGGCUUUCCUAGCUCGGCUGAUGCAGAACCCCAGCUUAUUACAACAGUUGCUUGACCAGAAGGAGAGAAUGAAGGAGCUUGAAGAGGCCAUUUCUAAGAAAAGAAGAAGACCCAUCGACACAGCUCCUGAGCCUGAUGAUGUGGGAACGAGCGGAUACCAGGAAACAUAUUUGCCUGUCAAAAUUGAAGCUCAAGGUACACAGGACUUCUAUGUUGAGGAAGUUUUGAGCUCGGAUAACUUAGCAGGACAGUUCCAUAGCGAGGAGCACUUGGCGCCUCAUGAAAACAACACAGAUGGGGAGCUGAAUGACAACUUUUGGGAGGAGUUGCUAAACGAAGGACUUGGUGAUGAGAAAGGUACUUUCGGUAUCGAGGGGGUAGAUACUGAAGAUGUAAAUGUCUUGGCUGAUCAACUAGGCUUUCUUACUUCUACCAGCCCUAAAUAGUUUGUUAAACCAGUAUUUAUCUAGACCUUUUGUAUUUGAUUGAGUUAACCACUGCUAACUGGAAACUGAUGGUUCCUUUUUCCUCUUUUAUAUUGAUAUGGUUACCUAUCA